AAUUAACAAAACAGUUAAACAAAUUCAAAAUAAAAACUGCCAUGUGGUCUCUUCUCUGUUUCUCUCUCCCUUCCUUUAAGAACGCGUUUGCAGACUUUGAUCAGACUUCGCGUUCCCGCCGCCCAUCUUUCUCUCUCACACGUUUCUUUUUGUCUCUCCCUGAUUCAACGCCGUAGCUGUGUGACUGAACAUUGCAACGAUUUCUCAAAACCCAAUUCUUUCUUCUCAAAACCCAAAUCCUUCUUCUUCAAAGACUCUGUUUAUUCUUUCUUUCUUCAAUGGCGUUAUCGAAAAACAGUAACAGCAGCAGCAGCAACAAGAAGAAAGUUUCUUAUAUCUCAGUCCCUUCUCAGAUCAUAAACUCUUUAUCAUCUUCUUCUUUGCAAUCUCUUCUUGUUUCUCCCAAGAAAUCAUCAAGAAGCAUCAACAGAUUCAGCUUCUCUUAUAGAAACCCUAGAAUCUGGUUCUUUACUCUCUUCCUCGUCUCACUCUUUGGAAUGUUGAAACUUGGAUUCAACGUUGACCCAAUCUCUCUCCCUUUCUCACGUUACCCUUGUUCAACGAACCAUCCAUUAAGCUUCGACGGUGAACAAAACGCUGAAUCCCAUCUGGGUUUGGUUCAAGAAUCGAAUUUGGCUCCUGGGUCUUCGAAUUCGAAUGGGAUUAUUCAAUUAGACGGUGGAAAAAACGAGACUUUGUUGACGGAAGGUGAUUUCUGGAAACAACCUGAUGGGUUAGGGUUUAAGCCCUGUUUGGGAUUUACAAGUCAGUAUAGAAGAGAUAGCAAUUCGAUAUUGAAGAACAGAUGGAAAUAUUUGCUUGUUGUUGUCUCUGGUGGGAUGAAUCAGCAAAGGAAUCAGAUUGUUGAUGCUGUUGUGAUCGCUAGGAUUCUUGGUGCUUCUUUAGUUGUUCCGGUUUUACAGGUUAAUGUCAUUUGGGGAGACGAAAGUGAAUUUGCGGAUAUAUUCGAUUUGGAGCAUUUCAAGGAUGUUUUAGCGGAUGAUGUUCAUAUAGUGUCUUCUCUACCUUCUACACAUGUAAUGACGAGACCUGUUGAAGAGAAGAGGACUCCACUUCAUGCUUCUCCUCAAUGGAUUCGUGCUCAUUAUCUUAAGCGAAUUAACAGAGAAAGAGUUUUACUUCUUCGUGGCCUCGAUUCAAGACUCUCCAAGGACCUUCCGUCUGAUCUUCAGAAACUCCGAUGCAAGGUGGCUUUCCAAGCGCUGAGAUUUUCUCCGAGGAUUCUUGAACUUGGUAACAAGUUAGCUUCAAGAAUGCGUAACCAAGGACAGUAUCUCUCACUUCAUCUAAGAAUGGAGAAAGAUGUUUGGGUUAGAACUGGUUGUCUCCCUGGUUUAACUCCCGAGUACGAUGAAAUAGUCAACAGCGAAAGGGAAGCUCACCCUGAGCUUCUUACCGGUAGAUCAAACAUGACUUAUCACGAGAGAAAACUCGCCGGUUUAUGCCCUUUAACUGCUCUAGAAGUCACAAGGCUGCUUAAAGCAUUAGAAGCUCCAAAGAAUGCGAGAAUCUAUUGGGCAGGAGGAGAGCCUCUAGGAGGAAAAGAGGUUUUGGAGCCACUAACUAAAGAAUUCCCUCAGUUCUACAACAAGCAUGAUCUUGCUUUACCAGGCGAGCUUGAACCAUUUGCCAAGAAAGCUUCGGUUAUGGCUGCUAUCGACUACAUUGUCUGCGAAAAGAGCGAUGUUUUCAUACCGUCUCAUGGAGGAAACAUGGGACAUGCGUUACAAGGGCAAAGAGCUUACGCUGGUCACAAGAAAUACAUCACUCCUAAUAAGAGACAGAUGCUUCCUUAUUUCAUGAAUUCGUCGCUUCCUGAAUCGGAUUUUAACAGGAUUGUGAAAGAUCUUCAUCGAGAAUCGCUAGGACAGCCGGAAUUGAGAAUGAGCAAAGCCGGUAAAGAUGUUACAAAACAUCCUGUUCCAGAGUGUAUGUGCUCGGAUAGACGACAACAACAACAACAACAACAACAACAAUCCGAUGCUUAAGCCUUGAAGGACAUUUUGAUCAUUUCACAUUAUUGGUGGCGCUGAAGAUGAAGAAGACGCCGAUUUUUUUCCUGAUCACCGGAGAUUGAUUGAGGAAGACGAUUCGUGGUGGUUCGUGCGAUAUUCUUUUAGUUCGGUUUUAAUCUGAUCAUUUUUCAAAUCUUUUGGAGUAAAUAUAUAUUCGUUAUCUGUUUGGGAGAUUAUUUUACAUGUUUUUACGAUAUACGUGGGAAGUAGACUAGUGAGGUUAUAAGAUAUGAUUCUUUGAUUCGUUUUAUUUGGGCUGUAAUUAUAUAUUACAGAGUUGUAUACGGUUCUAGUUGUUCUUGUGAAAUAAAUAAAGCAAUAGUUAAUCAUA